GCGGCGCAGGCGCGACGGCAGCUGGAAACGGGCCGAAGACGAUGUGCCCGCGCGAGUAUGCUGUGUCCCGCUAAACGGUCUCUGCCAGCGGCCGGCCUGCCCCCUCGUACAUCCUAACCGUAUUCGCCGCCCUCCUCCCUCCCCUUCCACUCAACCUUCGCGCCAUGUCUUCCAUCGAGCAGGACUGGUUCCCGACUCACCUGCGAGUGACGGUUAUCGGCGCGAGGAAUCUGAGGGCGAAGCGCAAGAAGGCUCUGAACAACUGCUACACGGUGAUCCGCCUGGGCUCCGAGAAGUACAUGACCUCGGUGAAGGGGGCGACGCUGAACCCCGAGUGGAAGGAGGAGUGCACCUUACCGCUGCCACUCGUACUCGACAACUCCGACAGGUGGACGCUCCAUGUGACCGUCAAGCACAACAACACGCGCCACCCGCUCGACGACUUCCUGGGUCGCGUGAGCGUGCCGGUGGCCGGGCUGUACGAGAACAAGACCAGAAGGAAGAACGAAUGGCAUGAUCUCCAGUCAAAACCAUCCAAACUGGCAAAAGACAGAGGCCAAAUACAACUUGCUUUUCAAUUCCUACGUGACAACAUGACAGCAAGUGCAUAUGAACUAUCCAAGGGUAGACCUCAGUCUGUAUUUGAUAAGUUUAAGGAUAAAGUAGCCUCCUUAAAGUAUGGAAUGACUCAUGAGAUUUUACCACCUGAAGAGUCCAGCACUAGCUUGAAACAUCCCAGAAAUGGAAGAAUGUCAAAAUCGCAUAGUUAUGUUGCUCAGAUGGACUCCAGAGGUGAAACAAAUUCAACCUUUAAUUCAGCUGAGGCAAACAAGCAAAGUGGGUCUGAGGUUUAUUCUUAUCCUCUUCGUAGUUUCAAUAAAAACUCUGGAGAUGAUGUGCAAUCUCAGUCGAGGAAAGAAGAUGCCCUCUAUGUGGAAGAUAAGCCUGAGACAACAACUGCUCUGAAGCUAGAAGAAACAAAAGUUACGAAAUUAGAAACUAAAGAUACUGACCAUAUCCAAACAUACGAAUCUGCUGAUAUUGCACAGGAGCUAGCCAAAAGGGAAACAAACAAGGACAAAGUUAUAACAUCUUAUAAUCGUCCAAUGGAACCCGUAAAGCCCCCUCGGUUUGAUGAUAAUGUGAUCCUAUCAUCUUUUAUAUUAGCUGGUGGGGGUCAGGAUGGUGCAAUAGAGAGAUGGAGAGUAAAAUCUCCCGCUUGUUGUACCCAAUGCUUUCGACAGGCUGAGUUAAGAAGCCGGUAAUAGCUUUAAAUUAUCCAUAUGCACUCAAGACACCACAGACUGUUCAUGUUACCUCAAAUAUGGGGAGAACAUCAUGGCUGAUUCGAACAAAACACCUACAUGAGCCUUUUAGAUGUGUUCAAUAAAGUGAAAUCGUGCACCAAUUCUGUCUCUUUACAGUGUACUUAUUA